GCUCAGCUAGCAUUUGGGUAUAUACACACAUACACUUUUUCUUUUCUUUUCUUUUCCUCAUUGAGGUCCACCACAUCAACGAAAAUGGUUAACAACAUUAAACAAAGGAUUGCUAAAACGAUUGAAAGUGUCAGUCAAGAACUCCGGGAUAUCAGUUUACAGUAUCUUGAAGAAAAAGGAUUUGAAGUGGCACAUAGAGCAGCCGGCUUAGAGCUCCAACAUGUUGACCACGCCUGUGGUCAUAAUCUUAUCGCUAUUACAGGCCUUGCUUGUGCUAUCAGUUUGAAAACUCUCUUGGAAAAGAAUCUUGUUCAAGGUACUGUGGUAUUAUACGGUACACCUGCCGAAGAGAUUUUUAAUGGCAAGAUCCCAUUUAGCAAGGAGAGGUUUUUCAAAGAGCAAGUAGAUUACUGCAUGCUGCUUAAAAAGGUUGAAGCUGCUAAAACAGAAAGUGCACAUCAACAUACGCUAAGGGCAGCAAAAUGUAUGAGUAUGACAGCCGCUGAAGUACUUAUAAACGAUGAGUUUUAUGAAAAACUUGUUUCUAAUUAUCUCAAAAGUAUGGAGUUGCGAGGAGAGGCUGUAAUCACACAAUUAUAAUUGUGAUCACUGUAUGAUAGCAAUAUUGUUUGGAACAGCACAAUAAAGCUUCAUAUUAAAACCUUUACUAUAAACGCAUUAUGUCAUUUUGAGCAGCCCAACAUGUUGCCUUAUGUACUCGUAGAUAACCAUAGAAUGUUGGAUAAUAAUGACUAUCUUGGCUUUUAGCUUAGACACAAGUAUAGGCAGCUAUUUGAUAAAUGUCUCCCUGAUGCUGUCUGUCAGAAGAUAUGUUAUGGUUCGUAGUUUUGUAACAAAUGAUAAACUACUGAUUGCUUUUCGAGUCAUGAAAAAUGUUACUAAGAAGCAUUCAAAGUGAAGCUCAGCCAACAAAACUUGAUACGUUGUAUUAAUGUAUAAUCAGUGCAUGCAAAAGGAGAUGUAGGAUCCAAAUGAACAGACAGGGUUACCUUUUGUCUAGCAAGCUGCAUAAAAACC